AAGAAAAUUAAAAUAGAACUGACUACAUAUUUUUUUAUUGUCAGCACACAUUAUUUUAUUCAUUUUUUAUCUCUCCUAAUUUCAACAGCGAAUCGCAAAAAUAAGCAACUUUUCAGAAAAUGUAUUCGGUCCAAUUUUUAGUCGACCUGUUUCUCUUUCUGCUAAUUGACGCCAAUCAAGUUGACCUCUCCCUGUUUCGGGACGAGUGUCCCUGUUUGAAAGGCUACAGUGCAGGGCUUCUCUACCAAUACUUCGCCUACAAUGUUGACUCUUGCAUGGUUUACUGUCUGGGCAUCACUCACUGUGAGGCUAUCAACUACAGUGAUGAAUACAAGCUCUGCAAGAUGUAUAGCAAGUUUGGGGUGGGAUAUGAGCCGGAGGCCAUCAACAACUUGGACUGUCAAUCUUUUUCCUCCUACCCCAGUACCUCUUCUGAGAGGUGGUUCUGGGUGAAAGAAGUGGAAGCUGGCAAGACCACAGACUGUCAAAUUGAGCACGAGACACUCGGACAGACACCUUCUACUAAUGACUACACAAUCUAUGUUCGAGGGUACCCGUUGCGUGUAUUUUGCCAGUGGGCACAGAACAGCGGAUCCACCAAGACAUACUUGAACCUACCAACAACCCCAUCUACCUUUUCUCAUUGGGGAGGCAGCAGCUUAGCCGGCGCACCAACGGCCGAUCCUACUAACAGAACUUUCGAUAAGGCCAGACUCCUUGUGGACAAGUGUUUUCUGGCUAUUCAGACUUCGGACGUGGCUUACAGCGUUGUAAGUGGAGAAUCCGUGUCAGACGAAUUCGGCAAGACCUUCAUCGGCAGAGGUGGGAACUGCAUCCCACCCCCGAAUUCCGCCCCCGGCUUUCACGAGAUUCACCUGGAGAGCACUCCUUUCAUGUUCCCGCCUGGAAUUCUAUUCGACGUCCGAAAAUAUGCGGGAAGUGUCAAUGAGUAUGUCACAUCAAAAUCUUUGCAACACCAAUCAUCUGUCAUAAAAGGAGUGUGA